UUCCAGUCUCUUGGAUCAAAUUCUCUUCUUUUGUAAAUGCCGUUCAGUUAAAACUGAGAAUAUUAGAACUUAGGUAGACAUAAGAGAUGCUAGAGAUGUAUCACCUUGUCUCCAAAUUCCUGCUCUCUCUUCUGAGUUUCACUGUGAAUUGCAAUCUGUUCUUAGAAUCAACAGUUUCCCCCUCUUCAGGGCCCCGAGUCAAAUCCAGCUAUACUUUUGGUCGGACCUUUCUGGGACUUGAUAAGUGCAAUGCCUGCAUUGGAACAUCCAUUUGCAAGAAAUUCUUUAAAGAAGAAAUAAGGUUUGACAGUUGGCUCUCUUCCCAUUUAAUCCUCCCUCCAAGCUCUCUCUCCCGUUACCCUGGGAACUAUUCAGAUGACAGCAAAAGUUGGCGACUGGUUGAGAUCUCCCGAUUAACCACAAAAUACCAACAUGACGAGUCUGAUGAGAGAAUUUGCACUUUCCUUACCCAGACUAAAAGAUGCAGCAUUGAGAGGGCUCUAUGGAAGACAGAGAGAUUCCAGAAAUGGCUGAAAGCAAAGCGCCUGACCCCUCUCUUGGUCCAGGGCCUUCGUACACCAAUGCUUCGCUGUCCAUCACAAAGAUUGUUGGAUCGAAUAGUGCGGCGAUAUGCUGAGGUUCCAGAUGCUGGUAGUGUCUACAUGGACCAUUUUACAGACCGGGAUAAACUGCGUCUCCUCUACAUGUUGUCUAUUAACACUCAUCCCAUUAUUUUACAGAUUUUCCCUGGAGCAGAAGGAUGGCCCUUUCCAAAAUAUUUGGGAUCCUGUGGCCGACUAAUAGUAACAGCCAGUACUAGACCUCUGAAGGAAUUUUAUGGCUCAUCUUCUGAUGUGACAGCAGAUUUAGCUCUUCAGCUCCUCACUAUUAUUGAUUUCCUGAUGAAUAAUGAUCUGAACUAUUUCUUCUAUUUUACUCAUGUUGAUGCUGACACCUUUGGUGUUUUCAACAAUGGACAGCUCUUUAUCCAGGAUGCCAGCAUGCUAGGAGUCAUUGACAAACAAGAAGGCAGAGACUUGAUGAAUAGACAACAGAAAUACAAGGAUAUAUUUAGCUGCCUAGCUGUGGAUUGUGAGCCUGUGCUCCCUUCUUGUAGUUCCAUCAAGGGAAGCCAGAACCUCAUCAUGAUAUGCAAGAAACUUUUGCCCAAUCUCUUAAAACAAAAAUUCCAAUCACCUCUGCAGGAGAAGAUUAACAGCGCUUUAAGUAUCUGUGCAGACAGCUUUCUUUCUGACCAAGAGAUCAUCACAGCAACUCAACUGCUAGUAGACAUUUUGAAACCUCUGCAGAUUUGCGAUUCCCGCUUUGUUUACCGAUAUCCUGACUGCAAAUAUAGCACAAAACUCUAAUUGAAUAUUUUCUUGGAAACUUUGGGCUAUAAACUACAUGCUUCUUCUGCUGUGGAACCAGCAAAUUCUUCAGAACAUUGGCACUAGGAUUUGUAUGGGUGUUUGGCAACUGGCUCACAUUUACAACAGUGGUAAUGUCCCAGGGUCACUUGCAGCCUUCUCAGUCAGCUUCCAACAAGCUAUGGGAAAGCUGUCAGGGAAGAUUGUAAGUUAUGGUCAUGUAAUGUCUCACUUAACAAUCACACCCAUCACUGAACAAUGGAUUUUCCAGUUCCAAUUGUGGUGGUAAUCCAAGAGCUACCUUGAAUUUGAAAUAAUAUAUUUGAAAUAGUUUUUUUUACCAAAGGGGGUGAAGAGCAUAAGAGGAAUUUUAGGUAAUUUAUCUAGAUGUCCUUGAGUUCUUCCAUUAUUAAACAUUUCCAGGGUUCUUCUUACUCUUUUCUUCAUUUUUAAAAUAUUAGAUAAUGGACAUAUUAUUUAUCUGUUAACAUAUGAAAUCGACAAUGUAAUCCCAA